UGCUUGUCAUAACAAAAACAUAACCUCAAAACUCGUUUUUUUUUACACAAUUUAACGCUUUUACUUCAAAUUCUUGGCCCCUUAUUACAAAUAAGGUCAAUUUACAAAUGCCUCCAAAAAAAGGGGCCGCCAAGCCCUCUAAACCAUCCAAAUCCGAAGAGUCAGGCGACAAAGGCAAAGAAAAGAAAGGGGGCACGGCCGUAAAGGUGCGCCACAUCUUGUGCGAGAAACAAGGCAAAUGCUUGGAGGCCCUGGAAAAACUUAAGGCGGGUCAAAAGUUCCCCGAGGUGGCAGCCGCUUAUAGCGAAGACAAGGCGAGAUCGGGCGGCGAUCUGGGCUGGAUGACCAGGGGCUCGAUGGUGGGGCCCUUCCAGGAGGCCGCCUUCGCCCUGCCCGUUUCCACCGUCAAUAAUCCGGUGUACACGGACCCCCCGGUGAAAACAAAGUUCGGUUAUCACAUUAUAAUGGUCGAAGGCAAAAAGUAAUAAAUGAUAUUUAAAAAAAAACAUUAUGUGUGUUU